GACUCAAAAUCCAGAGGCUGACACACUUCCCGUCGCAGAAGAGGGUAGGAACGUUUCGCCAGUCACUGUUGGCACUCCGCGGUGCUCACGUCGAACGUCAGUGGUGUGUGUCGUUUUUGUGGUGCGCACCGCGUAGAUUACGUUACGUACUUAUAUGAACAACCCCUUAAAAGACUAUUUUCAUCGCUAUCCAUGAUUACGCGGUGAGGUGCGCGAAUAUAUUAGAAACAUAAAUUUUAUUUUUUUUGCGUGUUGUGACUGGUUUUUUCAAAUAAAAUUUUUCUUUGAAGUUAAGUUUAUAUUUUUAAGUUUGUUUUUUUUUGGAACUGUGUAUGACCGGCGCGAUAGACUCUUUGUUUUAUAAGAGAGAUGGCAGCUUAUACACAAUUUGGUUACUCUUAUCCAUCAGCAUCUCAGCUUCUAGUCUCUGGUCAACCAACAACAAAUUCUGGUUCAUCCCCGGUAUCCGGUGGAAGUUCGUUAAGUCCAGGUGGUUCAGCAGGAGGGCCUGGUGCGUUAUCACCUGGUGGAACAUCAUCGACAGGUCCCACGCAAUGUUGUGAAUCGGGUCGACCUCUAGUGACGGAUCCGGUGACGGGUCAAAGUGUCUGCUCCUGCCAGUACGACUCAGCGCGGUUGGCGGCCCUGCAAUAUCCAAGGAGCGUGGGCGUGUAUGGCACGCCUUAUCCUUCCACGGACCAAAAUCCCUACCCCAGUAUAGGAGUGGAGAGCUCGGCCUUCUAUUCGCCUCUUAGUAAUCCAUAUCUAAAAGAUGCAACUGGUGCCGCAGCUGACAUGUCACCAUGGACAAGCGCAGGACUUCAACCGACCACGGGUUAUUAUCCUUAUGAUCCUGCUUUAGCCUACGGGUACGGUGCUGGUUACGAUUUAGCUGCCAGGCGAAAGAACGCCACAAGAGAAUCAACGGCAACGUUGAAAGCUUGGUUAAACGAGCACAAGAAGAACCCAUAUCCCACCAAAGGCGAAAAAAUAAUGUUGGCCAUCAUCACGAAGAUGACUUUGACGCAGGUUUCCACGUGGUUUGCGAACGCAAGGCGGCGACUGAAGAAGGAAAACAAGAUGACGUGGGAGCCGAAGAACAAGACGGACGAUGACGAUGACGCUUGCGUCUCCGAUAGCGAUGACAAAGAAAAAGACGAUGACGACAAGAGAGACGAUACAGACAUACACGGACGGAUAAAAUCGGAGAGGAGUGGAAAAGAAUUAGACGACGAUGACAUGGGCGAUGAGGAUCGUAAAGACGACCUGCUGGGUAACCACAUGCACCACAUUCUCGGCAACAGUUUUGGCAUGAAACCCGAGCUGAAGUCAUCGGAUUGUGGUGUACCUUUACCGCCGUCGAAGCCGAAGAUAUGGUCUUUGGCGGAUACGGCAGCAUGCAAAACGCCGCCGCCGCCACCGUCUUCGCAACAACAACACCAAUGGAUGGGAGGCGGUAAUGGAUUUGCGUUGCCGAACUCGAGGUACGGCGGCGGCGGUAAUUUCCUUCCCGGCCAUUGCCAGCAGGGUUUCCCGGAAGUACAGACGGACACGCCGCCCCAGACGCCGCCCAACAUGAAGUUACCAAGCGUUACUGGUAACCUCCUGCCGGGGCAGGGGUCCUGCAUAGGUGGGGCGUCUACAGGCAAUGGCGGCUAUGCGCAAUCGGGUUUUCUGGGUGGUUUUAAUAGGAUACAAUCUCCUCAAAGACCUCAACUACCCCAGUCGAACCAAAUGAACCCAAACAGUACGGAGAAUGCUGCCUUUAAACCAUUUUAUAAAAGCCCUCAAAGCAUGAACGGGGGUUUCGUGUCGCCGGUCUGAGCCGUUCCAUGCUGGACCAUCCGCCAAGCUGAGAGUUACCUUUGAGGCGCAAAGAGAUGUUGUCCAGCAGCUAGAGCUACGAGGUUCGCAAGAAGGGCAAAGUGCAACGUGAACGAAGAAAAUGGAAGAUGUUUAUUUAUGUAUACAAAGACCGCUGGGUACAAGAGUGUUUGGGUGUGUUAAAAAAAUAGUAAUGUACAUUUCACGUGAAAACAUCGAGUGCAAUCAGUUUUUUGUAUAUUUCGUGUAAAUGCAUUUAUUUGUAUCUGUGAUAAUGAACGAAAAAAUUGUUGUCCGCACACAAAAAAAAAAUUAAAUAUGAAAACGAACAGUACGAAGACCGUUUUGGGAAUAUUUGCAGGACUUUGAGCAGUGUUGUUUAACCGUAGUUUUCAGUCAACGAUUGCUCCAUCACCCAUGUCGUUUGAUCCCCUCCGAUUUCGUCCGUGUCUUAGUAUGAAGUGAAUUAAAAAAAAUAUAGGAAAAUUUCGCACCUAUAAAUAGAAACAGGACAAAAUAAGAUACAACAAGAAAAACACAUCAAUAAUAUCGAAGUAGAUAUUCCGCUACAAAGUAAUAAAAAAAAUGAUACGUGAUUCACUAAGACGAUACGAAAAAACCUUUACCGACACAUUGUUGUUAUUUUAUUAUUAAUUAAUUAAUUAUUAUUAGAAAAUUGUUGUGUAUAAAGAGAUCAUAUCAUGGAUUUGUAUUAUUAUUAUAUUCGGUGUGUAUUAAAAUAAAAAUGUUUAAGCAAAAUUGAAUUUCUGUAUUGCUAUUUCUAUAAGCUAUAAGCUUUGAGACUUUCUUUAUAAAAUGAAAUUUACAGUUUGCUUAAAUUCUUGUUUUAAUAAACACCUUUUAAAAUUUAUUAUUAUUGAACUAACAGUUUUUAGUUGCCUGGUCCCAGACCAGAUAAAUUGUACAUUAUUAACUUUAUCUGUUUGUAAAUAGUUCUGUGUGUAUAGAAGGAUAUUAUUAUAAUUAUCAUUGUCUUAAUUAAAUCAUUAACAGAGACUAUAAAUGAAAAAAAAUGAAA